AUGGCACCAAUUCAAAAAUUUGGAAGUCUUAGAGGCUCUAUUCGGGGAGGUCUUCAAAAGAAAUCAUCUACCAAUACUAAUAACACUAAUACCAAUAUCAAUAUCAAUAUCAAUACCGGUACCCCAGAAGUUACGAAUACGGUGACCGAUGAAGUACUAAUUGCGAUGAGAUAUGAAGACAUGUUCCCUGGAGCAAGGGCACCAAUUCCAGUAACUGUCGCACCUCCACUUUCUCCACCUACAGAUACGCAUCCUGCACUUCGACCACGACUACUUGUCCAUGAGUUAGGAAGAGUAGUCAAGGAUGAUACGAAGAGAGAUUCUGGUCUUGCGCCCACCACCACCAGUACAAUCACUCGAGAUCGCGAAGGAUCUAUCAACACCGUCGAUAAUUAUAAUGAUAAUAAUGUCUUGGGGAUCAAUAUAAACUUUGAUUCGAAAGUGGCCAUGGCAAAUACAAGUCCCACUUCACAAACUCAAUCGAGCCAUGUGCAAUCACCCACUUGGCCCAAACCUCCAACUUUUAUGAAGAAUAGUUCUGGUUUUGGUUUUGGUCCUGGUCUUGGUCCUGGUCUUGGUCCUGGUCUUGGUCUUGGUACUGGUAAUUCAACGGACAUUCCAGAGGAGGAUUUCUCACCUAUCACAAUUCCCAUACCAAGUGAAAGUUUAUUAGAGGACGAUUUUAUGCAAUCAAUGUCCUUUUCGAAAAGAGGUAGUAUGAUGUUGGGCGGAAAGGCAGUAAAUGAUCAAGCACGCACAAAUGCGACGCGAAGACAACCUAGCUUUUCUAUGUUAGCCACAACGUCCCCUUCGAUCAAAGUUCUAUCGGACGAUUUGGAAAUGGAGUCGCAAAAGGUCAGAUCUAUGUACGAGUCGGGGUCGGGGUUUGACUGGCGCGAUGGGAAAGACGACACAAUUGAUAAUCGUUUAACGGUGGUGGGAGGGGAAUCGAUACCGGAAAGACCUGUGACGGCAAACAGUUACUUGACUCCGAAUGGCAUAGGCGUACCACAACGAUCCUCGAGCGCAUUAUCAAACAGAAGGCCUGCUGAACUAGCUGGGGGAAUCGAAGAUUGGGAAGAUGUGAAUGGAAAAGAUGUCGAUAGAUAUGGCUUCAUUAAUAGCCAAAGAACUACCUCUAGACCUGGCACACCAGAACCAAAACCACCACAACGCGUUUCGACCGUACUUCAAUUAGCCUCGCAGGCACCACGAAGGAAGCGAACGUUUGGUCGAUCACCUUCUACUGCGACUUCACAGAAGGGUUUUAAACGUACCCCUAGUCGGAAGGUUUCUGCUAAAUCAGUUAACAAGACAACACAGGGGGAUAAUGCGUCAAUACGGAGUUCGCGAAGCUCUCAACUACGAGCAGCCGCCAAUUUAUUACCAGGAAACAAAGAUAGAAGAUGGAUGGAUGAGGCCGGCGACAUGCUGACUCUACCUCCUGGACUGGCAGAUAUUGCUGAAGAAGCGGAAGGGGGUAGAGGUAUGGAAUUAAUGAAGAAGAAAGAAUCGGAGCGAACCGAGAAAUGGAGAAGAAUGGCGAAGAUAAUCAAGGGCAAGGAUGGAGAAGGGAUGGAUUUCGAAUUCGAUACGAAAAGUUCCAAAUUAAUAGAGCGAACUUGGAAAGGGAUACCGGAUCGUUGGCGUUCUGCGGCAUGGUAUUCAUUUCUUGCUACUUCAGCGAAGAAGAGGAAAGACAGUGCGCAAGAGGGAGAUAUAAUUCAAGCUUUCCAUGUGCUGCAGGAUCAAAGUUCGGCAGACGAUGUUCAGAUUGAUCUUGAUGUUCCUCGAACAAUCAACAGUCACAUCAUGUUUAGACGAAGAUAUAGAGGAGGUCAGCGACUACUUUUUAGAGUCCUCCACGCGUUAUCACUUUACUUUCCCACUACUGGAUAUGUUCAGGGUAUGGCAUCAUUGGCCGCUACUCUUCUGUGUUAUUACGACGAAGAGAAAUGUUUUGUCAUGCUAGUACGCAUGUGGACUUUACGUGGCUUGGAGAAAUUAUACGAGCCAGGCUUUCCAGGUUUGAUGGCAGCUUUAGAUGAAUUCUCAACCAAGUGGCUAGAUAAUGGAGAGGUGUCGGCUAAGCUAAACGAGCUCUGCAUUGAACCCACCGCCUACGGCACUCGAUGGUACCUCACUCUCUUCAACUAUUCCAUUCCCUUUCCAGCUCAACUUCGUGUGUGGGACGUCUUUAUGCUUCUAGGAGAUGAAGAUCAAUCAUUACCCUACAACAAAGAUCGUCCAUUUGCCGGAGGUUUAGAUGUUAUUCAUGCUACCAGCGCUGCAUUGAUAGACGGUACAAGAGAUAUAUUACUCGAUAGUGAUUUCGAAAACUCGAUGAAAGUUCUCACGAGCUGGAUCCCAGUCAAGGAUGAGGAAUUAUUGAUGAAAGUUACGAAAGCGGAGUGGAAGUUGCAUCGAGGGAAGAAGAGGAGUUGA